UGCUUCAGUCAGUCUGCAUUCGCCCACAGUUGCACCGAGCAGCCAAGCGAGGGGGCCGCUGUCUCGCACACUGCCAAGCGCCGUGCACGGGAACCACACUUCCCAUGAGACGUAGGGCUUGUGGGAAAGUCCUGCCGCUCUGUUUUGAUCCGAGUAGCUGACUACCGUCGCCCUCCCCCGUCCGGCUUCUCUGCAGUCGAUCUUUUUGCCUGUGGAAUAUCCUCCUGCUUGUAGAUAUUAAGCGACGUCAAAGCCCCAACGUUGCUGCCUCCACACUUCUUCCAGCCUUUUCCAGUGCCUGUGAGAUUACUCACUGCUCCCUACAGAAAGCUCGUUCAUGAUUUCAUCAGACAGUGAAGACGACCAGUACAGUGAGCGGACAGCUCUGAUAUCAGCCAGUGCCUUGACCAUGCCUUCGUACCAGGAGAUGGAUGGGGGGCAUGGCCUUGGCGGCAAGGGGACGAACCGGUGCAGAUCCUCCGCCAGUCACCCCGCGGACGGGAGCCGAGGUUCGGGCGCCGGCACCUCCGGCAGAGAGGCGGGCGGGGAAGGUGAGGAGGAAGAGGAGGAGGAGCUGACCCUGAAGUAUGGAGCCAAGCACGUCAUCAUGCUGUUUGUACCAGUCACCCUGUGCAUGGCCGUGGUGGUGGUGACGAUCAAGUCUGUCAGCUUUUACACAAGGAAGGAUGGCCAGCUAAUUUACACCCCAUUCACAGAAGAUACUGACUCGGUUGGACAGCGUCUUCUCAACUCUAUCCUUAACACUUUGAUCAUGAUCAGCGUUAUUGUCAUAAUGACAAUACUUCUUGUCUUUCUUUACAAAUAUCGAUGUUACAAGUUUAUUCACGGCUGGUUGAUCCUCUCCUCUCUGCUGUUACUUUUUCUCUUCAGCUAUAUAUACCUAGGUGAAGUGUUUAAGACGUACAAUGUGGCCAUGGACUACCCAACCCUGAUCCUCAUCAUUUGGAACUUCGGCGUUGUCGGAAUGAUCUGCAUCCACUGGAAGGGUCCCCUGCAGCUGCAGCAGGCUUACCUCAUCAUGAUCAGUGCACUGAUGGCCCUGGUCUUCAUUAAGUACCUUCCCGAGUGGUCAGCCUGGGUCAUUCUCGGUGCAAUAUCUGUAUACGAUCUUAUCGCAGUGCUGUGCCCGAAAGGCCCCCUGAGGGUCCUCGUGGAGACGGCCCAGGAGAGGAAUGAACCAAUAUUCCCAGCCUUGAUAUAUUCAUCCACCAUGGUCUGGCUGGUGACGAUGGCGAAGCGAGAUUUGGGCACUGAGGAGCCUCUGAACAACACAUGUAAUUCAGAGAAUUAUCCUGAUGUGGACGUCGAGGUGAACCACCAGGCUGACCAAGCGUUGGAUGAUGUCACCAGUUUACCUCAGGCCCAGGAACAAGAAGGGCACCAUGCAGCUUCUGGUAUAGAGGAACCGGAGGAGGAAAAGGGCGUGAAGCUGGGCCUGGGAGACUUCAUCUUCUACAGUGUCCUUGUGGGCAAGGCUGCGGCAGGUGCCAGCGGAGACUGGAACACAACUUUGGCCUGCUUCAUCGCCAUUCUCAUUGGAUUGUGUCUCACCCUCUUGCUGCUAGCUGUAUUUAAGAAAGCCCUGCCUGCCCUUCCCAUCUCCAUCACCUUCGGCCUGGUGUUCUACUUCUCCACCGACAACCUGGUGCGUCCUUUCAUGGACACUCUUGCCUACCACCAGUUUUAUAUCUAGGAAGCCAAUGACAACUAAAACCUCGCCUUCAGCUGACUGCGAUGUUGGGGAAAUGUUUGCACUAACGUUACACUGUAGAACUUCAGAAGAGAAACAGAAUAUUUUCAUUUAUAUGUUUGUUGUUAUUUAAUGAUGGAAGUGGUAUACCAUUUUGAUUCUGCCUGGCAGACCGUCAGUUAAGAUGUUUUUGUGGUGUCUUCAUAGAAACAAGUUAUAAAAGCAGGUCUGUUGGUAACUGAAAUGUAUUUAGUUCGUCAUCCUUCUGACUAGCCAUCAAGGAUUUGAUGCUAGUGUCCCACAAGAAGCAACUCUUGUCUCAGUGAGGAACUUCAGGUUCUUGAUCCCUUUAAGGCUAAGGGUAGAAUUUAAAGGCAGUAUGAAGUGGAGCCAGGGUUAAAUGAGGAGUUAAUUAUUCUAACAUUCUCACUUGUUUGAGAAUAAUUGCAUCUAAUCUUCAAACCAUAUAUUUGUGAACUGUGAGUUAUUGGGAAACUGGUACCCUAUGUUAAAAUGAAGUACCGUCUGUUCUGCAUUUUGUUUGGACAUGAAUGAUUCUUGACAAGCUCAUUUUCUAUUCCUUUUAAAAAAAACUUUUACUGUCACUAAAUGUGAUAAUGCGAUCAGUACCAGGCCGAUUUGCACAGAACGGGAAGCACUUUUCGUACAACAAAGUGAUUUUUAUGCAACAGUCUUGCCCAAAUAUUUCCUCAGGUUUUUGUAGCAUUUCAGUGAGUAAAAUAGAAUUGUAUGUCCUUUGAUUUGUAUGCUCAUUUUGGAAGAAAUGCUUGCCAAACUAUUGUAGGAUUGCAGCCUCUCUGAAAGGUCUUCAAAGUGUAACUGUGAUGCAUUCCCCAGCUUAACCUUAUCGAAACAAUGAUAUUGGCCAAUAAUAUCAAAACACCUUGAUAAUGGCUAGAUACUAGCAUUGAUAAAAUCACCUCCCUCUCUUCAAAAGAGUGAGGCAAAGGAUGAACAUUCGGUUCAAUUGGCAAACGAGUCAGAAACAGCAGGAUUGUGUUUUGCACAAAGGUUUGAAAGGGUGGCGGAGAUUGUUCAAAAAUCCUGGAUGAAUCCCUGGGGAAAUGUUAUUGGACUCUGAGGAAACAAAGCCAAGUUGUUGGAGAGCUUCAAGCAGCUGGAUGGACAUCAUGUAUCAUUCCAAGGUUUAUGUUCAGAAACCUGGCAACAAUUCGAAUUUUAUUGCUCAGUAUCAUUAAAUUGACAUCUUAUCUUUGCAUAGUCACGGGCUCUCUUGACAAACCUUGAGUGGCAGGUUUGAGGGUUCACAGGUUCUAAAAUAUUGACAAAUAGUUGGCGCAGUAUGAAAAUACUGAAGGCUAUUAAUGAGAGUUAAGUGAUUAUACUCCCUUCUGUUUGCUUGGGCGUAAAUACUUGGAUGGGGAGCUCAAACAACAUUACCCAACCACUGGGCCACUGUGGAAACACAUAAGAUACUGAAGAGUUUCUUGUGCAAAGACCAAUUAGGAUGUUUGUGAUGGUUUCCAGUAAGAUGUAACUGAAUGAGAUGUCACCUUCACAUCUGAAAAUUAUAAUGAUCUGUGAUUUUUAGUGACAAGUAAAAUUGAUUAUUACAAAACCUUCAGUUCUGGCUUUUUUCUGGUACUGGAUUGAAUUAAGUUCUGUUCACAUUAGUCAUAGAGUUAUACAACUUGGAAAACUGUACCAUACUGACCAAGUUGGCCAUCCUGAGUUACUCUCAAUUGUCUGUGUUGGCCCAAACCCCUUAAAUAAAACUUUUCUCAGCAUGUAUCUGUCCAAACAACUUUUAAAUGUUGUAAUUGUUCCCAGCUCCAUCACUUCUGGCAGAUCAUUCCAGACUCUAUGUGGAGGGAAAGUUGUUUCUCAGGCCCCAAUUUAAAUUUCUCCACUCUCACUUUACAUCUAUGCUCUCUAAUUUCAGAUUCCCCUUAUCUGGGAAAAAUAAUAUGGCCAUUCAUCUUCUACAUUCCUUAUGAAUUUAUGUACCUUAAUAAUGUGGCCAUUCAUCCUAUCUACAUUCUUCAUGAAUUUAUGUACCUUAAUAAUGUGGCCUUUCAUCUUAUCUACGUUCCUCAUGAAGUUAUGUACCUUAAUAAGGUUACCCUUAGCUUCCUGCACUCAAGAGAAGGAAGUCCCAGCCUAUCCUGUCUUUUAUUCACUCACUUCUAUGCCAUCUCCAAUCUUACUAACCAUGCCAACUAUAAAGCGGCUAUAUGGCCACAGUGCCACAGGGAUCAGUGCUGGGUCCAUUGUUAUUUGUCAUCUAUAUCAAUGAUCUGGAUGAUAAUGUGGUAAAUUGGAUCAGCAAAUUUGCUGAUGAUACAAAGACUGGAGGUGUUGUGGACAGUGAGGAAGGUUUUCAAAGCUUGCAGAGGGACUUGGACCAGCUAGAAAAAUGGGUUGAAAAAUGGCAAAUGGAGUUUAAUACAGACAAGUGUGAGGUAUUGCACUUUGGAAGGACAAACCACGGUAGAACAUAUAAGGUAAAUGGUAGGGCACUGACGAGUGCAGUAGAACAGGGGGAUCUGGGAAUACAGAUACAAAAUUCCCUGAAAGUGGUGUCACAGGUAGAUAGGGUCGUAAAGAGAGCUUUUGGUACUUUGGCCUUUAUAAAUUGAGUAUAAGAUUGGAAUGUUAUGGUGAGGUUGUAUAAGGCAUUGGUGAGGCUGAAUUUGGAGUAUUGUGUGCAGGUUUGGUCACCAAAUUACAGGAAGGAUAUUAAUAAGGUUGAAAGAGUGCAGAGGUUUACAAGGAUGUUGCUGGGACUUGAGAAACUGAGUUACAGAGAAAAGUUGAAUAGGUUAGGACUUUAUUCCCUGGAGCGUAGAAGAAUGAGGGGAGAUUUGAUAGAGAUAUAUAAAGUUAUGAUGGGUAUAGAUACAGUGAAUGCAAAGAGGCUUUUUCCACUGAGGCUAGGGGAGAGAAAAAAACCCAGAGGACAUGGGUUAAGGGCAAAGGGGGAAAAGUUUAAAGGGAACAUUAGCGGGGGCUUCUUCAUACACAGAGUGGUGGGAGUGUGGAAUGAGCUGCCAGAUGAAGUGGUAAAUGCGGGCUCACUUUUAACAUUUAGGAAAAACUUGGACAGGUAUGUGGAUGAGAGGGGUAUGGAGGGAUAUGGUCCAGGUGCAGGUCAGUGGAACUAGGCAGAAAAAUGGUUCAGCACAGCCAAGAGGCCUGUUUCUGUGCUGUAAUGUUUUAUGGUUCUAUACUUUAUUAGCAGUUUGAAGAGAUUUGACAUGUCAACAAAUAUACUCAAAAACUUCUAUGGUUGUACCAUGGAGUGCAUUCUGACAGGCUGCAUCACUGUCUGGUAUGGAGGGGCUACUGCACAGAAUGGAAAGAAGCUGAAGAAGGUUGUAAAUCUAGUCAGCUCCAUCUUGGACAUUAGCCUACAAAGUACCCAGGACAUCUUUAGGGAGCAGUGUCUCAGAAAGGCAGUGUCCGUUAUUAAGGGCCUCCAGCACCCGGGGCAUGCCCUCUUCUCACUGUUACCAUCAGGUAGGAGGUACAGAAGCCUGAAGGUACACACUCAGCAAUUCAGGAACAGCUUCUUCCCCUCUGCCACCUGAUUCCUAAAUGGACAUUGAAGCUUUGGACACUAUCUCACUUAUUCAAAUAUACAGUACAUGUAUUUCUGUUUUCGCACAUUUAAAGAAAAUCUAUUCAAUAUAAGUAAUUGAUUUACUUGUUUAUUAUGAUGUUUUAUUUUAUUCAUUAUUUUUCCCUCUCUGCUAGAUUAUGUAUUGCAUUGAACUGCUGAUGCUAGGUUAACAAAUUUCAUGUCACAUGCCGGUGAUAAUAAACCUGAUUCUGAUUCUAUAUUCUCAUCAAAAUCAUUAUUAUAGAUGGCGGACAACAACAGCCUUGGCACAUUCCUGUGGCACACCAGUGAUUGCAGGCCUCUACAUGGAAAGAACAACCUUCCACUAACACUUUUAUAUCUAGUUGGUGAGCUCACACUGGAUUCUGAGAUCUAAUCUUCCGGACCAGUCUACUGUGCAGGAAUCUUACUGAAGUCCAUGUAGACUACCAUGCUCACUAAUCCUCUUGGUUAUCUCAACAAAAGAACUCAAAUCAAAUUUGUGAAUUGCCCUUUCCCACUGGCUAUCCUGAAUUAUGUUAUUGCCUGUCUAAAUAUAGAUCUUAACCCACAGAAUCUUUCAGUGACUAACCCAUGAUUGAUUUUGGGCUGACUGGCUUGUAGUUCCACGGCUUGUCCUUUUAGGUUCAUAAAGGCACUUUGGCUACCUUCCAGUCUUGUGUGACUAGGGCAGUACGUUAGAAGAGCAGUUAGUUCAAUCACUUUACAGUGGCAGUGACCACUGAUUGAUGUUUGAUUCCCACCACUGUCUGUAAGGAAUUCUGUAUAUUCUCCCCAUUACUGCGUGGGUUUCCUCCGGGUGCUUUUGUUCCAAACACGUACAAUUAGGGUUAGUGAGUUGUGGGCAUGCUAUGUUGACACUGGAAGCAUAGCAACACUUGCAGAAUGUCCCCCAGGACAAUCAUUGUGUGUUUUGAUGUACAUAUGACAUAUAAAAGCUAAUCUAAUCUGAUGAUACAAAUCUAUCUACCAAGGCCGCAACAAUUUUUUCUGAGCCAGUCCCCAGGCAUUUAUCUACUUUAAGACUGCCAGCACCUCCUCUCUUGUAACAUGGAUAUGUCCCAAAACAUUACCCCUCUUCCCAAAUUCCUGAGCUUCCAGACCUUCUCCAUGGUAAAUACAGCCAAGAAUUUAAGAUCUCACCCAUCUCCUGCAGCUCCACAUAAACAACCACACUGAUCCUUAAAGGGACCUAUUCUCCGUAGUUACC